AUGACAACAGCUGCUAGACCGACUUUUGACCCGGCUCGUGGCUAUGACAGUAAAGCCCCGACAUUACAAUACAGUUCACGAGAUCUUGCAGCUCAUACAAAGCUUAAAUAUAGGCAAACAGGACAGCUUACAACGGAAGAACUUGAAAAUAUUGAUCUUAAGGAAGAACUUCUUAAAGCUGAAAGAGAGCAUUUUGAAAAGAAACAAGGCGAACAAUUACGUGAAGCUGAUGCAGCAGGCGAAGAUCAAUAUUCAGAAACUCGACGUCGAUUAUUGUUGGAAACUGCUGCUAUAGAUAAGGACGACAGUGAUGAUGAUAGUGAAGAUGAUGUUUCAAGCGAUGAAGGUGAAGAGGAGGACGAUACAGCCGCACUUUUGUUAGAAUUGGAAAAAAUCAAAAAAGAGCGUGCAGAAGAAAAAGAAAAAAUGGAAUUAGAAAAGAUGGAAUCCGCUGAACGACAAAGGCAAGAAGAAGCCAUGAACGGAAAUCCUCUGCUUCGUAAGGAUUUUAGUGUAAAAAGAAGAUGGGAUGAUGACGUAAUCUUCAAGAACCAAGCACGUGGAGUAGACGACAAACCUAAGAAACGGUUUAUCAAUGAUACUCUUCGCAGCGAUUUCCAUCGAAAAUUCAUGAAUAAAUAUGUGAAAUGA